AUAGGAUAAUGGAAAACAAGAUCCGAAAUUAUGGAGAUGAAGCAGUUCCGUAUCACCGGCUUCGUGACGGUACCGGAGUUUGUAAUGAAAUCGUCGGCACUGGCGAUGACUCGAGGUUGAAUGAGCUCGGCUACAAGCAAGAACUACACCGCGGCCUCUCGUUACUCGCCAACUUUUCGGUGACUUUCUCCAUAAUAUCGGUGAUCACGGGAAUAACCACAUUGUUCAGCACCGGGCUUACGUUCGGUGGGCCCAUUAGUAUGGUAUAUGGAUGGCCAAUAGCAGGCCUAUUCUCGCUGUUGGUGGGCCUAUCAAUGUCUGAGAUCUGCUCUGCUUACCCUACAGCUGCUGGCCUUUACUUUUGGAGUGCAAGGCUUUGCGGCAGUGAAUGGGGUCCAUUUGCUUCUUGGCUCACAGGAUGGGACAGAUGCGGCUGAGACUAGACUACAGAUUAGGGCAUGUUUAUAUUAUAAAUGUUGAGGGUGAGACUCGAACGGUGAUGUACCAAGGAUGGCUCUACCCCUGCUCUUGUUUGUUAUAGGUGUUACAGUCCCCCAUCUACGAAAUUUGAACCAUUUA